GUGCAUUUCCGUACACGUUGGACAGGCCGGUGUGCAGAUCGGUAAUGCCUGCUGGGAGCUGUACUGUCUGGAGCAUGGCAUCCAACCGGACGGUCAGAUGCCGUCGGACAAGACCAUCGGCGGUGGGGACGAUUCGUUCAACACCUUCUUCUCGGAAACCGGUGCCGGCAAGCACGUGCCGCGUGCCGUUUUCGUCGAUCUGGAACCGACGGUGGUGGAUGAGGUGCGUACCGGUACGUACCGUCAGCUGUUCCACCCGGAGCAGCUGAUCACUGGCAAGGAGGAUGCGGCAAACAAUUACGCCCGUGGCCAUUACACCAUCGGCAAGGAGAUCGUCGAUCUGGUGCUGGACCGCAUCCGGAAGCUGGCGGACCAGUGCACGGGUCUGCAGGGUUUCCUCAUCUUCCACUCGUUCGGUGGCGGUACCGGUUCCGGAUUUACCUCGCUGCUGAUGGAGCGCCUGUCGGUCGAUUAUGGCAAGAAGUCGAAGCUGGAGUUUGCCAUCUAUCCUGCGCCGCAAGUGUCGACGGCCGUCGUUGAACCGUACAACUCCAUCCUGACCACGCACACCACGCUGGAACAUUCCGACUGCGCGUUCAUGGUCGAUAACGAGGCGAUCUACGAUAUCUGCCGUCGCAACCUGGACAUUGAACGGCCGACCUACACCAACCUGAACCGGCUGAUCGGUCAGAUCGUGUCCUCGAUUACGGCCUCGCUGCGCUUUGACGGUGCGCUGAACGUAGAUCUGACCGAGUUCCAGACGAAUCUGGUGCCGUACCCGCGUAUCCACUUCCCGCUCGUGACGUACGCGCCGGUCAUCUCGGCGGAGAAGGCGUACCACGAGCAGCUGUCGGUGUCGGAGAUCACGAACGCGUGCUUCGAACCGGCCAACCAGAUGGUGAAGUGCGAUCCGCGCCACGGCAAGUACAUGGCGUGCUGUAUGCUGUACCGUGGUGAUGUGGUACCGAAGGACGUGAAUGCGGCCAUCGCCACGAUCAAGACGAAGCGUACGAUCCAGUUCGUCGACUGGUGUCCGACCGGUUUCAAGGUGGGCAUCAACUAUCAGCCACCGACCGUCGUACCGGGUGGUGAUCUCGCAAAGGUGCAGCGCGCCGUGUGCAUGCUGUCCAACACCACUGCUAUUGCCGAGGCUUGGGCCCGUCUGGAUCACAAGUUCGAUCUUAUGUACGCCAAGCGUGCGUUCGUCCACUGGUACGUCGGUGAGGGUAUGGAGGAGGGCGAGUUCUCCGAGGCACGUGAAGAUUUGGCCGCCCUCGAGAAGGAUUACGAAGAGGUCGGCAUGGAUUCGGGCGAUGGCGAAGGUGAGGGUGCGGAAGAGUACUAG